AUGGAGACGUUAGAAAGGAAAAGCACGGGCUCGAUACCCGGGCUCAAGGAGCAGGCCAACGGCGCGCUCGCGGUCCGGGACGCGCGCACCUCGCUGAGCUCCAAGGCGGACCAGGCCAAGAAGAGGCGGCAGAAGCAGGCGCAGCGGCAGUACGGGCGCGGGGCGGGCGUGGACGUGCGGUCGAUCAAGAACAAGAAGCUGCGACGGACGCUGGGCCAGCUGGAGCAAAAGUACAAGGACGCGGCGCUCGAGGCCAAGGACGCCGAGAUCCUGCACGAGAACGAGGCCGGUUUCCUGGAGCCCGAGGGCGAGCUCGAGCGCACGUACAAGACACGGCAGGACGAGAUCGUCGAGGGUGUCGCGGUCGAGACGGCCCAGAAGCGCUUCGAUUUGGCCCUGGACGGGUUGGGUCCGUACCUGUGCGACUACACGCGCAACGGGAGGGAGCUGCUGAUCGGUGGGAGGAAGGGCCACGUCGCCACCUUUGACUGGCGGGAGGGUAAGCUGGGCUGCGAGAUACAGCUCGGCGAGACGGUCAGGGACGUCAAGUGGCUGCACAACAAUCAGUACUUUGCCGUGGCGCAAAAGAAGACGGUUUAUAUCUACGAUCGCAACGGCGUGGAGCUGCACAACCUGACCAAGCACAUCAACGUCACGCACAUGGAGUUUUUGCCGUAUCAUUUCCUGCUCUGCACUGCCAGCGAUACUGGCAUGCUCAAAUAUCAAGACACAUCCACCGGCCAAAUCGUGUCGGAAAUAGCAUCAAAACUAGGCCCAACACAAUCACUCGUACAGAACCCCUGGAACGCCAUCCUGCACAUGGGCCACAACAACGGCACCGUGACGCUCUGGUCACCAAACUCAUCCGACCCCCUCGUCAAGCUCCUGGCUCACAAGGGCCCCGUGCGAUCGUUGGCGGUAGAUAGGGAAGGCCGAUACAUGGUGUCAACGGGCCAGGACUCGCGCAUGGCCGUGUGGGACAUUCGCAUGUUCAAGGAGGUCAACAACUACUUUACGCGGGCGCCGGCGUCCUCAGUGGCCAUCUCGGACAGCGGCCUGACGGCGGUCGGCUGGGGUACGCACACGACCAUCUGGAAGGGGCUCUUCGACAAGAACGCGGCGACGCAAGAAAAAGUGCAGAGCCCAUACCUGACGUGGGGCGGCGAGGGACGACGCGUGGAGCGAGUGCGCUGGUGCCCGUUCGAGGACGUGUUGGGGAUCGGGCACGACGGCGGCUUCUCGUCGAUCCUGGUGCCGGGAGCCGGCGAGGCCAACUUUGACGCGCUCGAGAUCAACCCGUACGAGACGGUCAAGCAGCGCCAGGAGAGCGAGGUCAAGUCACUGCUCAACAAGCUGCAGCCAGAGAUGAUUGCGCUCGACCCCAACUUUGUCGGCAACCUGGACCUGCGGUCCGAGGCGCAGAGGCGGGCGGAGCGGGACCUGGACGCCCCUCCCGAGGACAUUGCCGACGAGAUACGGAACCGCAUGAGGGGCAAGAACAGCGCGCUGAAGAAGUACCUGCGCAAGCAGAGGAAGAAGAACAUCAUCGACGAGAAGAGGCUCAAGAUAGAGGAGCUGUGGAAGGAGCAGCAGGAGAAGCGCGACGAGAGGCACAAGGCCCAGCAGGAGGAGCUCGGGCCGGCGCUGGCGAGAUUUGCCAGAAAGGAGUGA